GCGGCCACCAGGCGCCUCUGUGUUGCCAGUCUUUAUGGGCUCAGUGGCUUCAUAUGCUAAUAAGUGUAAGGACCAGUCUGAGUAGCCUGGGGAAAGGACUGGGAUUCCCAGGAAGUUGGCCAUUUCCCACUGGACUUUUUGGCCAGCCUUGGGACUGUCAUGGGCAUGUUAUUUACCAUGUUAAUGUAUUACAAUGAGCAUAUAGUGAAGCUCAAGAAGUCAAAUCUCCCAUCAUCUUGAGCCUCAAGGCUUACUGGGGGUUGAAUCUUUUGCCAUUCUGGUAUCAUUUGCUGUGGUAUUCCUUGAAUGACUGUACCUUGCCCCCUUCCUGUCUCACACCUACUGUGGGUACAGAGGACCCUCUGAAGGACUCCAAAAGAGAGAGUAGCAGAAAGGAGCACGACGGAAGGAGCUGGAAGCCCGCUUGAGCACAGAGUAAAGCCCCUAUGAGACACACAGGAGUGGCAGACAACGUGGGCUGGCAUGUUUAAUACGUGAUCUCAUUCUGUACGUUCAUUUUAAGCAUUUACAGCAAAAGUGCCCAUCGUCUCAUUGUUCUGUCAGCUAUUUUCACUCAGCAUUGUUUUUAAAUCGUCCCAUAAUACAGAUAUCUGGUCUGGACCACCCACUCAAACUGCAGAGUCCUACUGUAUGUCUACACUGCUCUGCAUUUACCCUGCCUUAUUAACGAGCGCUUCGGUUUUCCUCUGCUUUCCUCUACUGCACAUACUGCAGGGAAGUAGGUCCUUGUACAGUAUCCCCAAGUCCUGUGAGCAAGGGUAUCUCUAGGAGUUAUGCCUAGAGAUGGGAUUGAAUGUGCAGAUUUUAAUUUUAGGUACUACCAUACUGCUUUUCAGAGUGGCUGUGUACUUUAUACUCCCUUUGGUGGUGUGACGGAAUUCCUGUUCCCCUACACCUUCACCAAUGCUCAGUACUACACGACUUUCUGAAAUUUACUAAUCUAAGGGGUGAAGAGUGGUGUCUUGGUUUAUCAACUUCACUGAGAUGUACUUAAAAUUAAAUGUGGUUAUUUUUAGUAAAUGAAUAUAUUUGAUAAAUAAAAAUCCUCCUGUGUGACUUCCACAAUCCAGGCCUAGAACAUCUCCAUCCCCCCAAAGUGCUUCCCUGGGGCCCUUCUCCAUCAGUCCCCACUCCUGCCAGGUGUUUCAGUGAGCAAACCUGAUGGCCAGGUUUCUAUCAACCAAUGGAAUGUCAGUAACUCCAGUUGUCUGAAAUUACCUCACCCAUUUUCCCACUGGGCUGAUUGUCUUUUUCCUUAUGAUGUGACAGAGUUUGUUUUCUAUUUGGGAUACUGAGUGAUUUGCCUAUUAUAUAUGUUACAACAGGAGAACUUACAAACACCACCCAGGGGGACCUGCCAUCCCACCUCAGAGAACCACCCUCUGCCUUGCAGCCAGUUCUCUGCCCCCUCUUCACAUUGCACAGCGGAUCCCAAGUCCUUAUCUGGGUUGUGAAGGCUAUAACAGCCUGGCCAGCAAGGUUUCUGAAGCAAAACACAAUCUAACUGGAAUUGGGGCGGGACGGCGUUCACAAGCGGUGAGAGGUGAGGAGCAAGCAAGGGGAUCCUUAAAAUAAGUACCAGAGAGCGGUGCUGGGCCCUGAGGAAGUGCUCCUACACCCCUGCACAGCAGGGAAAGCUUCCUGGAGGAGAAGGCCUGAGGGCAGAGUGCUGUCUGUCUUAAAACAUGGACAAGAUCUGUACGCUUCAAAUUACAAGAUGCUGAAGAAAGAGACUGUGAGCUGGCCUUGAGAUGAGUUAAGGCCGUGGGACCCAAGGCCACGAUCAGAGCAUGUUUGCAGAUGCAGUAAGCAAUUGCUAUACGCGUGCGUCAAUUAUAUAAGAUUCAGAACAAAGAAAAUAGAAGUACGCAUGUGCUAGAGAUAUUCUGUAAGCCUAGUGAACAAAGAAACUCAGAUUGUGCAUGUGCUGGCAGAGAACAGAUAAAAAGCAGGACAGGUGCAUCAUAGGCGUGCACCUUCCUGUGGCAAUAAUGUUGUUAACCCCAUGGUGUCUCUGGCUAAAGUCUGUCUGGCGGUACAGCAACUCCUCAUGCAUUUUUUUGUUUGGGCCGCUCACCUCCUAGAACCCUACGUCAGCCUCCCUCGGCUGACACUUGGUGCUGUGAGCGGGAUGAGGUGAGUGCCCCCUCUGAACCCCCUGCCCCUGACGGGGAUGCUCUGAUGGAAGCAAAGUGGCCCCCUAACUCUGUAUGGUACUCGGUGGCAGCCUAUUGGCUGACGUGGGCUCAGCCUGAAGAUUGGGACACAGUGGCACCCUGGCCAGAUGACAUCCGGAGGGCGUUGGAACUGUUAGAAAAUUAUGUCUCAUUAGCCCACCGAGAGGCAGCCAGGAGGGCAGCCUGGGUGUUCUUACCUGUUUUACGUCACGCUAGCCAAGACAUGAGAGAUUUACAGAUGCAAGUGGAGGCGUUGCAGUGAAGAGAAGAGGAGCUUAAGCGGAGACCCAGCACAGCAGAAAGGUGUCUGCGUGGUCCUAGCUUGCCACCUCUGAAAGCAGCUAUGCCUGUGUAGCUCCGGUCCUACCGUCUCUGAGAACAGUAAGCCUGGCCCCUAGCCCUGUUCCGCUGCGUCUGUGGCCCAUGGUGAGGCAACAGGUGGAACUGGAGGAGCCCAUGGCUCGGGGGGAACUCCUGCGGGACCACAGUGAGUGACACGUGAGUAAAUGGACCACGUAUUUGAACUUAGUACAAGUUGUCUGAGAAAUGGAUGCACCGGAUGAUGUUUGCUUUGCAUUUCCAUAGUCUGAAUGAUGAACUCCUUAUAGCUUGAAUGAAAGAUUUGAUUUUGGCUAAUGGCCCAACGGGAACGUUUGGGACUAUGGCAGUGCUACUAGCACUGUAUGUAGACCGCCCCAUAUAUGAAGUAACUGAGGCUCUGGCUCAUCUGGGAGACACAGAGAUGCGCCGAAAGGGGGUGCAUACUGCCAAGACUCAAGAUUUGGAAACCAGUGCCACAGCGCUGCAAGAAGCCCUGGCGGGCUGGGGGUGGGCCACGAACAAGGACAAAAUGCGAGGACCUGGAUAUUCUGUCAAAUUCUUGGGUGUUGUCUGGUCGGGUAAGACAGAAGUGCUGCCUGAAGCAGUAAUAGACAAAAUCCAGGCAUAUUCCCGCUCUGAAACAGUUAAACAGUUACAGACUUAUUUAGGUCUUCUGGGAUACUGGUGGGUGUUUAUUCCUCAUUUGGCCCAAAUAGCCAAACCCCUGUAUAAACUGAUUAAAAAGGGAGAAAUCUGAAACUGGCCUGAUGAGACCGAAUAUGCAUUUGUUGGAAGUAAGAGGAAGGUGACCCAAGCGUAAGCGCUGUGCACUGCAGACCCAGACCUCCUUUCUGGUUGGCAGUCCAUGUGGACGAUGAUGGAUAUGGCUGGGGCUUAUGGCAGAAACAUGGGCAGCGGAAAGUGCCCAUAGGAUUCUGGUCUCAGUUAUGGAAAGGGGCUGAAUGUUGUUAUUCUUUGAUAGAGAAACAAUUGCUAGCAACAUAUGCAUCCUUGAUUGCCACUGAACCCCUGACGGGGAGGCAGGAGGUCCAAGUGCAGACCACAUACCCUGUUGCAGGAUGGGUACAGACAUGGGCAAAGCAACCCCGAUUGGGAACUGCCCAAACCCCAACUCUGACGAAGUGGGGUGCUUAUUUGGAACAGAGAGCCCAGUACACCGCUAGCACCUUGGCUGCAGAGUUGCAGCAGGUGUUAGGGCCUGUGAAAUUUGUUGCGCCUGAUGUACAGACGCUCCCACAACAAGGGGUGGGCCCUGUGCCCAGUCCCUUUCGUGAAGGGAAAGGGCCACCCCCGGGAACUGCUUGGUAUACUGAUGGAUCUUUUAAGGGCAGUCUGCCCACUUGGGUUGCAGUAGCACUGCACCCUGCCACUGCAGCCUUCUGGUAUGAGACUGGAGAAGGCCAGUCCAGCCAAUGGGCUGAGUUACGGGCAGUAUGGAUGGUGUUGAUGAAUGAACCUAGCCCCUUGCAGAUUUGCACGGAUAGUUGGGCCGUGUAUCGAGGCCUUACAUUGUGGAUACCCCAAUGGGCCCUGCAAGACUGGAUGAUUUGGCACUGGCCCCUAUGGGGACAACAGAUGUGGAAACAGUUAUGGGACAAAGGCCAAGAAGGCCAAUAUACUGUUUACCACGUACCAGGGCACCGCCCAGCCCUGGCACCGGGCAAUGAUGCUGCUGACACGCUAGCCCAACUUCGCCCUGUAGAGGCCAUGGUCCCAGGACCCGACAUAGGUCCCUGGCUUCAUAAGAAACUUGGUCAUGUUGGCUCAUACACAAUGAAGCAGGCAGCUGACCAGUGGGGCCUGCACCUGAGCCACAGUGAAGCCAAAGAUGCCGUGCAGCAGUGUCCAUGGUGUGCUAAGCACCACCUGCACCGGUGGCGAUGGCCCCAACAGCUGGGGAAGAUUGCACAGGGAAUUCAGCCAUUGCAGGUAUGGCAGAUAGAUUAUGUGGGCCCCUUUGCUCCGAGUACGGGCCUGUGGUACCUGCUGACACCAGUAGACACCACUGCUGGCCUAGGUUUUGCUCAACAUGUGCUCCGAGCUACACAAGAGGCUACUAUUAGAGCACUGGAAGUUUUACGGGCCUUCUAUGGGACUCCCUUAGAAAUACAAAGUGAUAGAGGGACCCCUUUCACUGCCCAACAGACCCAGGAGUGGGCCAAAGAAAAUGACAUUAACUGGAUAUCGCAUGUGCCUUACUGUCCUCAAGAAGCAGGAAUGAUUGAACGGUACAAUGGCCUAUUAAAGGAGAAACUGAGGGCUCUCAAACCACAAGGGCGAGGCUGGAACAGUGUCUUCCCGCAGGCGGUACAUCUUUUGAAUGAACAACCUCGCCAUACAGGUAUAAGCCCACUGGAAAAGUUAUUGCAAGAGACUAUUCGGAGGCUCAGAGUUGGGCCCAUGCAGAAUGCCUCCGAAGUCUCAGUAAUGGGGCGUUAAUAUUACGCGUCGCCAGGGUGUUGAACUCGGGACAACAGGACACCUGGCCAUGAAGGCCCCUGGCUAGCCCUUUUGGCACCAUGGGGCG